AUGAAGAGCACACCCUUGAUCAUCAAUUGGCACGAUUCGACCAGUCCCGUCUACUCUGCACAUUUCGAACCGAACGGCAAAGGACGACUCGCAACAGGUGGUGGAGACAACAAUGUUCGAAUAUGGAGGAUAGAGGGUGAAGGGGAAGACCGCAAGGUCGAGUAUCUUUCCACCCUGACUAAACACUCCCAAGCUGUCAACGUCGUCAGAUGGGCCCCCAAAGGCGAGCUUCUUGCAUCUGCUGGUGAUGACGGCAAUGUGAUUCUCUGGGUCCCAGCCGACGGCAAUCAUACAGUGCUUGGCAAUGAAGAUCUAGAUGACAAGGAAACCUGGCGUACGAAACACAUGUGUCGGUCAAGUGGUGCCGAAAUCUACGACCUUGCUUGGUCUCCAGAUGCUCAACACUUUAUCAUUGGCAGCAUGGACAAUGUCGCCCGAAUCUAUAAUGCAGGAACGGGUUCUCUGGUGCGCCAAAUAGCCGAGCACAGUCACUAUGUCCAAGGCGUCGCAUGGGAUCCCCUCAACGAAUACAUCGCUACACAGUCUUCAGAUCGGUCCGUUCACAUCUACUCGUUGAAGACGAAAGACGGGCAGUACACACUUCUUGCGAGCCAUGCAAAAAUGGACCUACCUGCCCGUCGAAUCUCAUCCAGCAGUCCAGCGCCUCCUGACCUGGGGACUCGCUCACUUCUUGCUGCCACUGACUCUUCAAGUGCCGCAGUUGGAUCGCCCGUGCCAUCUGCUCCCGGCACGCCCACUUCAGUGCCGCUGCCAAUGAACCCACCGAGCGUUGUUAGCCAUAGUAGACGAUCUUCGUUUUCGUCUCGCAGAUCUGUAUCGCCAGCACCUUCUCUGCCCUUGCCAGCCGUCAUGCCCAUGGAGCCCUCACCUAAACCCAAUAUGGGCGUUCGGAACGCAAAUCUCUACGCAAACGAGACCUUGACUUCGUUCUUCCGGCGGCUUACAUUUACCCCAGAUGGCAGUCUGCUGAUGACUCCAGCUGGCCAAUACCAAGUUCAGCACCCUGGCGAUGGCUCGCGGAAUUUGUACGAGGUGAUCAAUACCGUCUACAUCUAUACCCGGGGAGGCAUCAACAAACCCCCAAUUGCCCAUCUGCCAGGGCACAAGAAACCAUCUAUCGCGAUCAAGUGCUCUCCUAUCAUAUACACAUUGCGACAAUCACCACCCGUCACAAAACACAUUACGAUUGACACUUCUUCCCCGGAGGAUCCUAUUCCGGCACUCCCGGAACCCAUCUCGAAACCUUCGCCAGCACCUUCGAUGGACCCUCCUCCGCCCCCAUCCUCUGCAAAUGCCGAGACUGAAAAAUCCAACGCCUCAUCCAAAUCAUUGAAUCUUGAGACAGGAGCUUCGACAGCUGGACCAAAGCCGACAUUUGCCUUGCCAUACCGUAUGCUUUAUGCUGUCGCAACCCAGGACACCGUCCUUCUCUAUGAUACCCAACAGAUGACGCCCAUCUGCGUUGUCAGUAACUUGCAUCUUACUACAUUUACUGACUUGGCAUGGUCUAAUGAUGGUCUAACGCUACUAAUCUCUUCAUUUGAUGGCUUCUGUUCGACUAUUUCAUUCAGUCCGGGCGAGCUGGGCACGAUUUACACUGGUGAAUUAUCAACAGUCAAGGCUCCUCCUACCUCUGCAGGGACCGGCACUUCUUCCAACCAGGCGACGCCUACGCCAACACCCACAUCUUAUGCGCCGCCAUCUCCUUUCCGCGGCCCAUCACAACACCAGCAUCGCAAUUCGGCCAGCUCCUUCACCGCGCCAAGCCCACCCUCCACGACUUCUGCCUCAUUUGUCAGCCUGAGACCUUCAUCGCCCGCGCGAUCCAACAGCACUUCUUCCGUGGCGACUCAGUCAUCAACUGCCGUCAUGACAAAUCCUCCCUUGAUAGGUGGUACAGUGCCCAGCAUUGCUGCUACCAAUUCGGCCAAGGUUACGGGAGUACCCAUCACCACACCACCCGAGACACCGAGAAGUGGCAACACGGUGACUGCAGGCGUGAAGCGGGAUGCUAGCGAAAGUGAAAAGGACGAGGCCACGACCAACGCCCAACCCAAGAAGCGACGCAUUGCGCCAACUUUGAUAAGCGAGCCCAAGCCGUAG